CUGCAAAUGGAGACGGGGAGCUAGAACUCAAUCUGACUCUGCCACUCGAGGGGUGGAGAAAGGCAGUUUGGUGUGCCUUAAGCCUGCCUUCUGCUCAGCAGACACAAGCCCUCUGUCGAUCGUUCUCCCUCACUCGUUCUCUGUGACUCCAGCCUUCCCAUCUGCAUGUGAUUUAGACACUGGCUCCAGGGAGAGGCAAGCCAGCUAGCUGAGAGGAAUCAGGACGGGGAGGGAAUGAGGGAGAGAAAGGGAGGAAGUCCACACAAGUUUAUUUAGCAGGACUUAGUCCCGGCCAGGACCAGGCACAGUGCCGCAUUUGGAGGACGGAGCAACAGAGAAGAGAAGCCAGCGGGUGCUACCGAACGAGCCGCUACCCAGGGACUUUCCCUCUGCCAGAGACAGAGAAGGGAGAAAACAUUCAAGUAUGGCUCCUAAGGCUCUGAUGUGCCUUUGCCUCCUCUGCAUCCUCUCGAGGCCUGACUCUUCAAGCUCUGCUAGCAGAAUCUGGGAAGAGCAAAUGUCCCUCCUGACAAUGUGUGCAAAGGGAUCAUUUGUUAGUGAGCAGAACACCUGCCUGCCCUGUAACUGCAAAGGCCAUGCAGACGACUGCGAAGACAUCACUGGCAUCUGCAGAGACUGCAAGGACCACAGUGCAGGCGAUUUCUGUGAAAUGUGUGAAGACGGCUACGUGCUGAGCAGCAGCUUGGAUGGGCGCCACACCUGCCAGCCCUGUGCCUGCCCUCUGCCCUCUAAUAACUUUGCAGUGCACUGUAACAGAGGAGGUGGCGUUCUGCGGUGCAAGUGCCAACAAGGCUACGCUGGACAUACCUGUGAGAGGUGUGCUCCAGGUUACUAUGGCAACCCCAUGGUGCCUGGUGACUCGUGUAGGAGAUGUGACUGUAACGGCAACUCCGACCCCAACCUGAUCUUCAACAAAUGCCACAACAUGACCGGCCACUGCCAGCACUGCUGGGGGAACACCGCCGGCGCCAACUGUGAGCGCUGCGCUCCAGGUUUCUAUGGUGACGCCAUCAGUGCCAAGGACUGCAGAGAGUGUGAGUGCAACAUGUGUGGCACAUCUUCAUGCGACGACAGGACGGGGGUGUGUCACUGUAAACCAGGUGUCACCGGACGGCUCUGCGACCAGUGUGAGGCGGGCUACUUGGGUUUCUCCAGCUGUCAGGGCUGCCGGAGGUGUGAAUGUGGGCAGGCGUCCACUCGCCCCACAUGCCACCCUCUCACCCACAGCUGCCCAUGCCGUCCGGGGGCCGGAGGCCGUUACUGCGAGCGCUGUCUUCCAGGCUACUGGGACUACAGCCACUCCGGCUGCCAGAAGUGUGACUGUGAGAGUGGCCACUGUGAUAUGCACACGGGAGAGUGUCUGGCAGAGGCUGCAGUCAACUUGUGCAACAUCAGCUGUGAUGAGUGCAUCUGGCAUCUGAUCGGGGACCUGAGGUUGUCCAACAAGACACUGGACCAGCUGAAGGUUGGGGUGUUGAACAUCUCCACUGGGGCUGCUGCUAACGACAGGCUUAAAUACUACAACUACACGGCUCAGCGCCUGCAGAGAAAGUUUCAAGGCUGGAGAAACUCGUCCUCUGCUAUGAAGGUGCAGACUGGGGAGUUGGAGCAGGCCACAGAGUCUGUGGUCACAGACACCAAUGAGCUGGGAGAAUCGGAGGCAGUGGUGAGGACUCUGGGGAACAGGCUGGAUGUUGACACCCAGGAGAUGUUUAACCAAGCUGAGCAGCUCGACACGAAUCUCACCCAUCUCAACAUUCGCAUCGAAGAGAUGAUCAACGACUGGCACAUCUACAGUAUUCAACAGGAUGUGGACCCUGAGGAGGUCACACAGAACACGGAGGCUGCCCAAGACAUGGUGACCUGGAUGAGGAAACUAGACCUGUCACCACGAGAGCCCGUCGCUACCGACGAGUCUACUGAGGCUCACGAUUUGCUGAGGCGUAUUCGUCAGCUGGAGAAGAAACUGGUGAACACAGACAGUCGCCUGCCUGCUGUCAAACAGCUUCUGUCCCGUUUCUCCUCCAAGCUGUCCAGCUCCCAGGGUCUUCUCCACAAAGCAGCCAGCACAGUCCAGGAGACCGAAGACAAGAACAGAGCCAACGCCCUCAGAGUUCAGAGGAAGGAGUCGAAGCAUCGGAGGCUGAGUGAGGACCAUGCUGCUGUUAAUGACACUCUGGAAGCAGCCAGAGGCUUCAUCUCUGCUGCAGACAGGGACGUGUCCCAGGUCGAUGCUAUGGUGCAGAACGUGACGGAGUACCAUGCAUCGAUCGAUGGCGCCAGCCAGAAACUGAUAGAGAAGACAGAGCAACUGUCGCUGACUGACCGAGACUUGGUCCAGAGGGCGGCUGAGCACUCUGAGCAGUUGGAGCGACUGGCCAACACGCUGGACGAGGACCUGAAAGAGAGCGACGCCAACGGCUUCGUGCAGAGAGCGAUAAGUGCUGCCAACGUCUAUAACAACAUCAUCAAAUACAUCCAUGAUGCCAACAUCACUGCGCUCACCACCCUCAGCUUGUCCCAAAGAGCUGAAGAUGCUACUGCCGGGAUAGGCACGCAGCUGGGACACCUGGUCACCCAGAGCAACAACGUUUUCAAGGAAUCCGUUUCCCUGCGCUCAGAACAACUUGAGGUCGAAGCUGAAGUGGUCGACAAGUUGAAAUUCAUAGAGGAGACUAAAGAGACACUGGAUAAAAACUCCAAGAAGCUGGCUGAGCUAGUGCAGGACAUCGGUGGAAUCCAGACAGACAGGACGCCACAGCGACUGGACUUUACAGUGCAGGUGGCCGAGGGAACACUGAACCGCUCGGCAGAGGUCCUUCAGACCAUCUCUCCCAUUAGCAGUAAGGUUGAAGAGUGGGCCACCCACAUGAGAAACAACGAGUUCUCAGCAGAUGCCUAUGAAAAGGCUAUGGUCUCGGCAGGAGACACAGUGGGGCACCUAAACGAGCUGGUCCCCAAGCUGCUGGGCAAGCUGAAGAUCAUAGAGGAGAAAAAAACUGUCAACAACGUGACCACCAAUAUCCUGAGGAUCAGAGAGCUCAUAGCACAAGCCAGAAGUGUGGCCAAGAAGGUUCAAGUGUCAAUGAAAUUCAACGGUCAGUCCUCAGUGGAGGUGCAGCCUCACAGCAACCUGCAAGAACUGAAGACGGUGACUUCCAUCAGCCUGUUCAUGAGAGUGGACCCUGACGAGGAUCCCAUAGAGGACCGCUUUAUCUUGUACCUGGGAGACAGAAAUAGCACCAAAGACUACAUGGGCCUGGCCAUCAAGAACGAUAACCUGGUGUACGUGUACAAUCUGGGGGGUGAGCCUGUGGAGAUCCCGGUGGGCUCCAAGCCUGUAAGCCAGUGGCCUGCAGUCUUCAACUACAUCAGAGUAGAGAGGCUGGGGAGACACGGAAAGGUCUUCCUGACCAUCCCCAGCCAGAGCUCUACAGAUGAGCAGAAGUUCAUCCAGAAAGGGGAGGCUCCAGGCACAGACUCCCUGUUUGAUAUGGACCCCAGGGACAUGGUGUUCUUUGUGGGUGGCGUCCCACCAGGUGUCAAGCUCCCCCCUCCACUGAGUCUGGCUCCUUUCGUGGGCUGCAUCGAGUUGGCCUCAUUAAACAAUGACGUCAUCAGCCUCUAUAACUUCAAGAAGACUCACAAAGUGGAUAUGACGGCCUCGCCACCAUGCCCCAGGUACAAGCUGGCCUUCUCACAGAGCCGCAUCGCCAGCUACCUGUUCGACGGGACGGGCUACGCACUCAUCAGUAACAUCGAGAGGAGGGGUAAAUUCAGCGUGGUCACACGCUUUGACAUUGCCGUGCGAACAGUUGCAAACGAUGGCGUUUUGUUCCUCAUGGUCAGCGGGGAGAAGUUUUUCCUCUUAGAACUAAAGAAUGGUUUCCUGCGUCUAACAUAUGACUUUGGCUUCAGUGACGGGCCCAAACUUUUGGAGAAUAAUUUACCAAAGCUGCAAAUAAAUGAUGCACAAUACCAUGAGGUGUCAGUUAUCUACCAUCAGUCAAAGAAGGUGAUCCUACUGGUGGACAAGAGCCAUGUCAAAUCUAUGGAGAAUCCCAAAACCACACUGCCCUUCUCAGAUAUUUACAUCGGUGGGGCUCCAUCGAGCAUCCUCAAAUCCAGGCCAGAGCUGGCUGGAGCCGUGGGCCUGAAGGGCUGCGCCAAAGGUUUCCAGUUCCAGAAGAACUACUUUAACCUGCUGGUGGAGCCUGGAACCAUUGGAAUCAGCAGUGGCUGCCCUGAGGAAUCCUUCAUGUCCCAUAAAGCCUACUUCACUGGGGAGGGCUACCUAGGUUCCUCAGCCAAGAUUUCACCGUUCGAGAACUUUGAGGGAGGCCUGAACUUCAGAACAGUACAGCCCAGCGGACUUCUGUUCUACCAUAGUGAAGGGCCUGACGAGUUUAGCAUCUCCCUGGAAAAUGGAGCAGUGGUGCUGAACUGCAGAGGCUCAAAAGUCAAAUCGUACAAGAAACAAUACAGUGAUGGAAGAACACACUUUGUUGUGGCCUCAGUUACCAAUCAGAAGUUUUCUCUGUGGGUGGACGACAAAGACAAGCACGAAAAGAAACGUCCAUUAUCAUCCACAAGACCUUCAUCGGGUUCCGCUGUAAAGACCUUCUACUAUGGAGGCUCUCCCAACAGCAGCUUUAAGAACUUCACAGGCUGCAUCAGCUAUGCCUACAUCAACAGACAAGACCGGGACAUUGAACCUGAGGACUUUCAGCGGUACACAGAGAAAGUCCAGACCUCCCUGCAGGACUGUCCACUCCAGGGGCCUCCUGCCACUUUGGUGUCAAGGCAACCAGAGAACUCAUCAGUUGCCAAAAAGGUUACCAGGGAUAAGCCUGCUCUACAUCCAGACCAGCUAACACUGAGUGAUGAGCAGAGGUCAUCUGAGCCUAACGGUGAGCUUUGCAGCCUCUUGUCCAGUCCCAGAGCAACUCAUCAAGCCUUUCAUUAUGGUGGCAUUGCCAACAGUAGGCAGCACUACGCAGAUCUUCCAGACUCGCUUUCUUAUAGGUCCAACUUCUCGUUGUCCCUGAAGACUAAUUCAUCAUUUGGCCUCAUACUUUAUGUAUCUGAUAUCCAUGAAGACAACUUCAUGGCUCUAUUCUUGGCCCAUGGGAAGCUGGUGUACACCUUCAAUGUAGGAAACCAAAGAGUCAGAGUCAGGAGUGAGGACAAAUACAAUGAUGGAGUGUGGCACAAUGUUACCUUAAUCCGGGAUGGAAGUAUGGGCCAGUUAAUACUGGAUAGGCUCAAAGUGCUGCAGGACAACGCUCAGGGAAGCAGCGUUUCCUGGCACGUCAGCAGUCCCCUCUAUGUGGGAGGAGUUCCUUUGGGGAGCGCUCAGAGGAACGUCCAGAAAAACUCUGCAAACAGCUUUACUGGCUGUUUGAAGGAUCUCAAGCUGGAUGGCCAAUGGCUGUCGUCUGCUACAGAGACGCACGGGGUCACCCCUUGCUUCGAGGGUCUCUCUGAGGCCGGAACAUAUUUCUCAGAGGAAGGAGGAUAUGUAGUUUUAGAUGAAUCUUUGGACCUGGGCCUGAGGUUUGAGCUGGUGAUGGAGGUGCGGCCCCGUGUGGCAUCUGGGGUGUUACUAUAUGUGCGGACAGGAGAGGGAUAUUUCACCCUGCGCAUUCAUCAAGGAGCAGUAGUGGUCCUGGUAAAUGAUGGAAAACGUGAGUUCUCCACAAAGGUGUCUCCAAAGCUGGCUCAGUGUCCUGGCAACUGGCACACAAUUAAAGUGAACCGAGACGCAAAUCUUAUCCAGCUAGAUGUGGACUCUGCAGUCAGCCACGUGGUGGGACCUCUGAAUUCCAACUCCACACAUACUAGACAGCCUGUGUUUAUUGGUGGAGUUCCAGAUCUCUUCCUCCCAGAGAACAUUGCCACCAGCAAAACAUACGUGGGCUGUAUAAGAAACCUCUCCAUCAAUAGCAGCCAUGUGAGCUUCACCAAAGCUGUUCUGGUCAGUGGAGCAGUCAGCGUUGGGAGCUGCCCCGCAGCAUAAUGCCAUAACAUGUCAACCCCAUCUUUAUCUACUAAUCAACACAGAGCAAACUCAUAAUAAAGUUUCUCUCUCAAACAUAGCCAUUAAUUGUUUCCUCCUUGUUACCUAAUGACCAAAUUGCUCAGAAGUCAAAUCAGACAAAAAAUAAAUACCACCUCAUGUUAUCAUUUUGAUGGCACAUGUUUGUAUAUGUCCACUACUUUUUGUACUAUUCUCUAUGAAUUAAAAAUGUUUACAAUCAUAA